AUGGAAAGACUUAAGGAUGAUUUCUGGGACUCCAGAUUAAUAGAAAACUGGGCAUGUGAAGGCACAUUAGAAAAGCAGCAAGGAAGUCAGAAAGACAAUUUAAAUCAAAUCAUAGUUAAACACAAGAAAAAUUCUGUGGAGGAUUGUAAUGAAAUUGGAGAAAGUUCAAACUCAAUUAAACAUAAGAAAGUUUACUCAGUGAAAAAGCCUUGGCAGUGCAAUGAAUGUGGGAAGUCCUUCAGUUACUACUCAGCCUUUAUCCUACAUCGGAGAAUUCACACUGGAGAAAAGCCUUAUGUAUGUAAUGAAUGUGGAAAGGCCUUUAACCGAAACUCUUCACUUACUCAGCAUCUGAGAAUUCACACAGGAGAGAAACCCUAUGAGUGUAAUGAAUGUGGGAAAGCUUUCAGUUAUCGUUCAGCUCUAAUUCAGCAUCAUAUAAUUCACACUGGAGAAAAACCCUAUGAGUGCAAUGAAUGUGGCAAGGCCUUCAACCACAGGUCAGGCCUUACUCAACAUCAGAGAACUCAUACAGGGGAAAAGCCAUAUGAAUGUAGCGAAUGUGGGAAAGCUUUCAGUUACUGUUCUGCUCUUAUUCAACAUCAAGGGACCCAUACUGGGGAGAAACCUUAUAAAUGUAGUGAAUGUGGGAAGGCCUUCAGUGAUCGCUCAGCUCUUCUAAGACAUCAAAGGAUUCAUACUGGAGAGAAGCCUUACAAAUGCAAAGAAUGUGAGAAAGCCUUCAGCCAGAGCUCUUCUCUUACAAAGCAUCUGAGAACUCAUACUGGAGAGAAACCAUAUCAAUGCAAUGAUUGUGAAAAAGCCUUCAGCCAGAGUUCAUCUCUUAUUCAACACCAGAAAAUUCAUACAGAACUAAAACCCUGUAAACGCAAGAAAUGUAAGAAAACUUUCAAUGUCCAUUCAGCUCUUUAUCAACUUAAAGAAAUUCAUGAUGGAUCAAAUGCAGGCUUGAAAGACUCAGCAGACCACACUCUUGGAGCCUCUGCUGAUGUGGUUGGGUGUGACACCAUUUCUCUUAUGUUCCUCAUUGAUCUUGGUCACAGAGGCAAUCCCAUCUCCACCUGGAGGUACAGGGGAUUUCACUUUCCCAAACCAGAGGUGAUCUGCCUGCUGAAACAGUGGGAAGAGCCGUGGAUCCUGGACAUCCUGAGUCAGGUGUUUAGUAGUUGUUACCUCACUAUUCACCCCUCAUACCCUCUCAAGGUAACAGGUAUGAGCUUCAUCCUCAUUUUCCAGAUGAAGAAACUAAAGGUGUCUAUCACACAGAUUGAUGUUUGGGACUUCCAGUAG